AAACUUCAAAAAAGCAUGUUUCAUAGUUUCAAACCCUCAUGAAGUCUGGUUGACGCUCAGGCAGACAAUCUUCAACGAAACAAACAGAGUGAGCAAGUGAACAUUGCUGGACCGAUUCUUUGAGACUUUUAUCUGACCCUAAGUGAAAUAAUUGCGGAAGUCACUGGACGCUAUGUCAGAUAUCGCUGCUGAACUGCAGGAGUACCUGUGCAGUGCCAAUAAAGCUAUUCACCUAAAGCUAGUGUCAUCGGAGGCAGAUGUGUAUGAUGAGCAGAAGUCAUUUCAUCCCGAGUACACUCACCAGCUGUUUAGUGACAAUGAGGUGAUAUUUGGAUAUCGGUCGCUGCGCGUGGAGCUGUACUACUGUGCCUCUCGCAUGACACCGUACUUCAGCAUCACCAAUGAGGGCAAGGUCGACUCUAAAGUGUACCGUGGUGUCAAGGCCGACGACAUCUAUGGAACUAUUGCACAGAACUUACCCGAAGCAGACUUUCUGACCAGUAAAGACCAGCUGAUAGCAUCGCUGUCUACUGCCGACCAGUUUGCACCUACUGGCCAGAUGUUGUCUGAGUUUCGCUUGCCCCAGGAUGCAGCCAGCAGCUAUCGGGUUUACAAGAAUCUUGUCGACACGCCCGGUUUUAUUCGCUUCCAUCGGCGUAUCCGCACAUUCUUGCUGUGGUUCAUCGAUGGUUCGUCCUUCAUAGAUGAUGACGAUGACCGUUGGAUGUUCUACACGUUGUUUGAAGUGCAGAACAACGCGCGAGGUGAUGCCAUACAGAGAUUUGUCGGCUUCAUCACCGUAUACAAUUACUAUGCGUAUCCCGACAAGGUGCGGCCGCGGGUUAGCCAAAUGUUAGUUUUGCCGCCAUACCAAGGAAAGGGUCUCGGAGCUGAGUUCUAUACCGCUGUCUGCGCCGACAUUUGCUUGAGAAGGGACGUCGUAGAUAUUGCUGUCGAAGAUCCGUCUGAUGACUUCACAAAGCUGCGGGACUUCGUCGACUGUCGGAACUGUGCAACCCUGGCAUCUUUCCAGGAGCCUCACAUCCACGGUGCUUUCUCAAGUGACAUGGCGGCGGAGGCGAGGGAAAAGUUCCGUCUCAACAAGAUGCAGGCACGGCGUGUGUACGAGAUCCUCCGCCUGCAGCAUACCAACAUGAAACAUCCCGUCGAGAGCAAGAACUAUCGCCUCAUGAUCAAGGACCGCCUGAAUCGGCCUUUCCAGAAACAAAAGGAGGACAUGGAGAAAGUCAGGAAGCACUUGAGCACUGAGGAAGUUGGCUGCAUGAUGGCAGAUAUCAGCCUUCCUGAGCAGCACAAGCACUUGCAGCAACAGUACGAAUCAAUCAUUGAGGUGUAUGAGCGUAUUGUGCGCAGAAUGGAGCGUGUGUGACAGAUCACUGGUCCUGCGCUACUGAAUGACCCCAACAGCCUUCGUUUUCAGUUGAAAUGAGAACCUUACACAAAUCGGUUGUGUUUGACCAGGACUUUUAUAUUAGUUACAAAGACUUGCCACGCAACUAUGAUAUCCCCCCUUGUUUGUUUGCAGAUCUGGUAUCUUGCUGCUGCUAGCUUCCUCUCUGACUUCCAUGUCUCCACGAAACAUUGAAUGCUCCAAAUAGUUUUAGCUUCACCGAGGAAAGUUGCUUGUGUAACUUGCUAGUCUAUCUUUGUGUCAACUAUUUCGUGUAGGUAUUUGUACUUGUAGUACUCGUCCUUUUUUUUGGUAAUUGGUGCUGGCUGGUUCCCCUCACCAUUGUACAGCAUUUCCCGUUCGUUGUCUUUCUGCUUUUCUCGGCUACUCAGCAUGGCUGGCAGUCACAGUUGUGUCUCUGCUUGUCGUAGGCUGACCUCACUGGACAUUUUUUUCAGAUGGCUUUACCCUUGACGUGUGUGCUUCACAACAUGUGUCACAAUGUGCAUCUGUUUUAUCAAUGGUUUUUGAUUAUAGAGCACACACUCUCUCUUCUUCUUUUUUUAAGCGCCUUCCAUGCACUCUUCCAUGCACUUACUAUUCCUGCUGUGGCUUCUUCUUCUUCUUCUUUUAAAUUGCCCCCGAACCUUGAGAAGAUGACCUCGUAUCUCCAUCCCUUAUUGCUUUAGUGCCAUGCUAGACAUGCUGGUCGAACAUAACUUUCAUCAGAUUGCGUUGCAGUACGCCAUUGCACAUAGUUAUCGUACAGCGUAUUUGCUCGUUUCUGUCCUU